AUGGUUGGCAUUCGUGAUGUAUUCCCGCCAAAGCCAAGCUUCACGGAGCAGAACCUCGGGAGCCAGGCCGGAAAGGUAUUCCUAAUCACAGGCGCAAACUCAGGCGUCGGCUUCGAGCUCGCCAAGCUCCUCUACCAGAAGAACGGCACCGUCUACAUCGCCGCCCGGUCCGAGGGCAGGAUCAAGGCCGCCAUCGAGAGCAUAAAGCAGGAGUUCCCCUCCAGCACCGGCCGCCUCGCCAGCGUCGUCGUCGACCUGUCGGACCUGCGCACGGUCAGGCCCGCGGCCCAGGACUUCCUGGAGAGGGAGGACAGGCUCGACGUGCUCUUCCACAACGCCGGCGUGAUGCUGACGUCCAAUGAUGCGAAGGGCGCGCAGGGCCACGAGCUGCGCAUGGCCACCAACUGCCUCGGGCCUCAGCUGCUGACGGACUUGUUGGCGCCGCUGCUGGUGCGGACCGCGCGAGCUCAGCCGGCGCGGAAAGACGCGGUCAGGGUCGUGUGGGUGUCGUCGAUGGUCAAUGCGAGUGCGCCGAAGGGGGGCAUCGUCUGGGACGAGGCGGUGAAUAAGCCGAAGGUCCUGCCUGGGGGUAUGGACCAGUACAUGCAGACCAAGGUUGGGGAUGUGUUCUUGGCUCAUGAGUGGGGUCAGCGUCUUGGUUCUGAUGGAAUUGUGAGCGUGAGCUCGCAUCCCGGGCUCGUGAGGACUGAGCUACAGCGUGACAAUAAGGCGAUGCAGACAAUGAUGGGAAUCAUCUUCAAGCCCACCAAGUUCGGCGCCUACACGGAGCUGUUUGCUGGUUUCUCCCCAGAAGUCACAGUCGAGAAGAAUGGAUCCUUCCUGAUCCCAUGGGGGCGCUUCAGCUCGCUUCGAGAUGACAUUGCUGCAGGCACCAGGCCUAAGGGGCAAGAUGGAACUGGGCUCUCGAAGAAGUUCUGGGAUUACUGUGAGUCGGACGUUGGCUCGUUCAAAGAAACUUGA